AUGAGCAACACCGCCCAGCUCUUCUGCCUGACGGCUUCGUGUUUCACCGCCAGACUCCCCACAUUCCUCUUCCUAUCCCUCCUCCUCUUCUCCUUCCGGACCACCGUCGAGUAUGGCACCAGCCAGCUCAUCUCCUUCGUCGACCAGGAUCCUUCCCUCAAGGCCCUCGUCUCCCGUCGCCUCCAACUCGCCGGCACUGACUCUGAACGCCACCCUAUCUUCCCCCGUCUCGCCCCACGCCGUCGCCCCAGCUACCUCGUCCACCCCGACGCCCUCGUCAUGGCCUUUAACGAUUACUUCUUCCCCGGAGACGACCAACGCAUGGCCCCGCUCAAUCACAGCCUCCUCAUUCUCAAUCAAGAAUUAGUCUUUCCUAAGUACGUGAUCGUCAACAUCUCCGCUAUGAAAGAACUAGAGCUCCGUGAAAGUGAGGACAAAAGGAUGGUCUUCUUUGCGCGUUCUGUAAUGUGGGUCUAUAUUUUGGUAGUUCUUUGGUUUGUCGCUAUCUAUUCAUUGGGAUUAGGCAUUGUUUUCAUUACUGUUGUGAAUGAAAUACUAGGGACGUUCAAUUCAUUUCUUGUUACAAUGUGGGAAGGUUCAAGAGUGGGUCUUGAGAGGCUUUUCGGGCUCAUUUUGAUGCGAUGGUUGGUGAGACAUAUACUAACGUAUCUCCUUGGGUGGUGGUAUUUUGGCAAAAUCGAAGAUCAGGACACAUAUUUGAAGCUUUAUGUGAUGUUGAAAUUGAUGCCGUUUUCGAUCAUGUCUCCGUGGAUUAGUGGUCUUGAGAAAGAGAUUUUGGGGUUUUCGAUUACGUGCUUCUUGACCGAUACGUUCUUGGCUUUAAUAUUUGCUGGGGAUGUUUGGAUUGCGAUUAUGGAGCCGUGGAGAACGCAAACGGAGAUAAUGCAGGAAGGUUAUUAUUUGACGUUGACGACGUUGAGCCAGGGUAUCCAUAUUAUCUCUUUGGAAGCUAUCUUUUGCGGCCCGUUUGUGAGAGUAGUUCUUGCUCAGGUCUUUGGGAGGUUUUUUGCAAUGGUGUUUCAGUCAGUUCUGGAGGUUUACUUCAUGGUGGCUUUGCUCAUGCUUUACUUUUAUGCGUGGUAUAGGAAUUCUAGUAAUUUCCACGGUGAGACGUUUGGGUGGAGAGAGUUGGAGGGUUUGUUUGACCUGUAG